AUGCCGAUAUCGACCGCAACUGUAACAGCCUCUUCAAACCCGUCCCUCCUCAUCUCCAGCGGUACUGAAACCCAUACUGUAUCCCCAGAAUGCGGUUUCAAGCACAUCCCUCACGUUUCACUCGGAGCCAUCUCCGGCAAGCUCAUCGAAGAAACUCCACUUUUGAUCCUUCAUAACACCAAAGAAGCUCUCGUACACUCCGAAGAUACAUAUACCAAAGGCCUCUGUUUGAGUGUCGUCAAAAUCGACCGCCCCUGUUACGUAAACUUGUCGAUCUUCCUCAGGGCGUCAUUCUGCACCAACUUGUUCAGAGUACUUCUGGCAGUUUUCGUUCAGGAUGCUGGGAACCGAGUAGCGCCUUGA